GUAAGAGAAGCGCUAUAGUUUGGGAAAAUACGCGGGUUCUAGCGUAGGCACAGAGACCGCGCAAAUUUACUCGUCUUAGUUCUACGGCACUCAUUUUGACUAUAGGAAGUUCAGCCGGAAGGAUUUAAGAACCGUUCCACUUCCGGUAAACACCGGGAGCGAUUGGAAGAUGGCGGCCUCCAAGGUGAAGGAGCUCCCUACAGCAGCUGGGAAAAAAGAAUUUCGUAACCAGAAGCCGAAGCCGGAGAAUCAAGAUGAAUCAGAACUUCUCACUGUUCCUGAUGGUUGGAAAGAACCAGCUUUUUCCAAAGAGGACAAUCCCAGAGGACUCUUGGAGGAGAGCAGUUUUGCAACUUUGUUCCCAAAAUAUAGAGAGGCUUACUUGAAAGAGUGCUGGCCAUUGGUACAGAAAGCUUUGAAUGAACAUCACAUUAAUGCAACCCUGGACCUGAUCGAGGGCAGCAUGACUGUUUGCACAACGAAGAAGACUUUUGAUCCGUACAUCAUCAUUAGGGCCAGAGACCUAAUAAAACUAUUGGCACGAAGUGUUUCAUUUGAACAGGCAGUACGAAUUCUUCAGGAUGAUGUUGCAUGUGACAUCAUUAAAAUAGGUUCUUUAGUAAGAAAUAAAGAAAGAUUUGUAAAAAGAAGACAACGGCUUAUUGGUCCCAAAGGAUCUACAUUGAAGGCAUUGGAACUCUUAACAAACUGUUACAUUAUGGUUCAGGGAAACACGGUUUCAGCCAUUGGACCAUUUAGAGGCUUAAAGGAGGUUCGAAAAGUAGUCCUAGAUACUAUGAAGAAUAUUCAUCCAAUUUAUAAUAUUAAAACCUUAAUGAUUAAAAGAGAAUUGGCCAAAGAUUCUCAAUUAAGAUCACAAAGUUGGGAAAGAUUUUUGCCACAGUUCAAGCACAAAAAUGUAAACAAACGCAAGGAACCAAAGAAAAAAACUGUGAAGAAAGAGUAUACACCAUUCCCACCACCACAGCCAGAAAGUCAGAUUGAUAAAGAAUUGGCUAGUGGUGAAUACUUCCUGAAGGCAAGUCAAAAGAAGCGGCAGAAAAUGGAAGCAAUAAAGGCUAAACAAGCAGAAGUUCUCACUAAGAGACAAGAGGAAAGAAACAAAGCUUUUAUUCCACCUAAAGAAAAACCAGUUGUGAAGCCUAAGGAAGCUUCUACUGACACAAAAAUUGAUGUGGCUGCCAUCAAGGAGAAGGUUAAGAAAGCAAAGAAUAAGAAACUAGGAGCUCUUACAGCCGAAGAAAUUAAGCUUAAAAUGGAAGCAGAUGAAAAGAAAAAGAAGAAAAAAAAGUAAUGCACUCACAAAAACACUGAACUAGAACUUACUAAGCUAUCUCCUUUUGUAAAGGACUUUGAGAUACUAGGGCAUUAAUUGCCUUAUGUGUAAGAAGUAAUACUCUGAUUACUUUUUUCUGAGUUUUUCUUUAUCAGUGUUUAAAUAUACAGCUGUUUUUUUAUGAAUUAUUAUAGUCUUCAUGUGUUUUUUGGAAAACUUUAUACUACAGAGUGGUAUAUAUCUCUUUGUACACAUUGUACCUAAUAAUCUGUUCCAGGCAGGCUUGGUCUAGCAUGAUUUUAGGAGUAAUUCUUUAGGGUGUUUAUAUAAAGACUUUUGGAAUGUGGCUACUGUAAUUAUCCAUCAAAUUGAGUGUCUGAUGACAUUGGUUAGUCUUUAAAUACAGGGUGGGACAAAAGUAGGUUUACAGUUGUGUGUAUGUGAAAGUUUAUUCUUGUAUUAUUAUUUAUUAAUUAUUGUAUUAUUUUUUCAUAUGAACAACUGUAAACCUACUUUUGCCCCACCCUGUAUAACUAUGUCCCAGCAUUUGGUUUUGAGGAAAAUAAAUGCAGAUUUUUUAGUGCUCUCUCCACCGAUAACAAACGUUUAGGUUUAUUCCUUUUUGUGAUUUUAUUUUACAGUUUGUUCCAACAUUUAACAACCCAUAAGCCAAAAAAAAGAAAGAAAAAAAGCCUAUUCAGUCAUAUUCCUUAAUUACUAUUCUAUUCGAAGUCUGGGGAAGUGGAAAGACAUCAAAUUGCAAGUGGUUAAAGUAAAACCAGAUAUUUAGAGUUAAACAGCAUGCAAGAAGUUAUGUAGAAAUGUUUUUACUAAUGGAGACCAGUGAAGUUAUGUAGAAUCACCUAAAUCGAGCUCACCCAUUUUAGGUUACUUACUGAAAGUCACAGUUGAGGCAGCCUGAAAACAGUACUCAUUCACAGAAAAAUGGAAAGUAAAAGUGAGCUUAUCCUGUAGAGGUAGGACAUUGAACAGUUUCUUCUCUUGUUUAUGGCUUUACUGCAGCAAUAUAUUUUUUUCUGGCAUGUUUUAAAAUUAGAAAUACACCCAACUGUUAUUUUGAAAAAGUCUAAAAGUGAGUGAGUUCAUAAACUUUUUUUCCGCAUUGUACUAAUCCAAAAGAACUAAACAAGGCUAUUGGUGCUUGACCAAAAUGGUAAUAACAGCACUCAGUACUGGUGAACUAACAAUGAGAGAGAUAUGUAUCUAUUAUGUGAAUGCUAUAUUUUGCCAUGUGUAAUGUGCACUUUUUUGCCCAAAUUUUUGAGGGAAAAAUAAGGAUGCUCAUUGUACAUUGGGUAGUACCUGAAAUACCUUGUACCUGUUCUUGUGUUUUAUAAUUAUUUCUUACACAAAAUUUCUUGUAUAUAUGUUCACAAAUAAAUGCUAAAAUUCCUUUAUAAUUCAGAAAACAAGUAUCUAAAUAUAAUAAAGAAUUGAAUUAAAAA